AUGCCGAUCGGUCUGGGCAUCAACGGCUUCGGGCGCAUCGGGCGCCUGGUCUUCCGGGCCGCCGCGGGUAACCCGGACGCGGAGGUGAAGGCCAUCAACGACCCCUUCAUGGAUGUGAAGUACAUGGUCUACCAGCUCAAGUACGACUCCGUGCACAAGAUGUUCGCGGGAACCAUCGCCUGCAAGGAGGAGGGCGGCAAGGAGUUCCUCAUUGUGAACGGCAAGGACAUCGCCGUCUUCCACGAGAAGGACCCUGCCAGCAUCAAGUGGGGGGAGUCGGGCGCCGAGUACGUGUGCGAGUCCACCGGGAUCUUCACCACCAAGGAGAAGGCGGAGCUGCACCUCGGCGGCGGCGCCAAGAAGGUGAUCAUCUCCGCGCCCCCCAAGGAUGAUGUGCCCAUGUAUGUGGUGGGCGUGAACCACACGGACUACAAGAGCUCCGACACCGUGGUCUCCAACGCCUCGUGCACCACCAACUGCCUGGCGCCUCUCACCAAGGUGGUCCACGAGAAGUUCGGCAUCGUGGAGGGCUUGAUGACCACCGUGCACGCCAUGACUGCCACGCAGCUCACCGUGGAUGGCCCCUCCCGUGGUGGCAAGGACUGGCGCGGCGGCCGCUGCGCCUCUCAAAAUAUCAUCCCCUCCUCCACUGGAGCGGCCAAGGCCGUGGGCAAGGUGAUCCCGGCGGUGAAGGGGAAGUUGACGGGCAUGGCCUUCCGCGUGCCCACCCCGGACGUCUCCGUGGUGGACCUCACCUGCCGCUUGGAGAAGCCGGCCAAGUACGACGACAUCGUGGCCGCCAUCAAGGAGGCCGCCGCCGGGCCCAUGAAGGGGGUGCUGGACUGGACGGACGAGGAGGUGGUGUCCACAGACUUCGUGACCUGCAAGAGCUCUUCCGUCUUCGACGUGGGCGCCGGCAUCUCCCUGAACGACAACUUUGUGAAGCUUGUGAGCUGGUACGACAACGAGUGGGGCUACUCCAACAGGCUAGUCGAGCUGGCCGUUCACAUGAAGAAGGUUUUGCCCAACCUUGGACUUGACGAUGGCACUGAAAAAGCGCUGGCGCUCAGAUUCCCCAAAGACCCGUUGAAAAACGCCUUCCGCUUGGUGUUUCUGAGGUUCGGCUGGGACCCGCGGCGCGUGAACCGUCCCAUUGUCAAGAGGAGCAAGGGCCAGUCCAAGGGCAAGGCGACCAAGUCCAAGGGCGGCGGCAAAGGACAGGCGCUCGCGGUCUUCGGAGGAGGCAAGAGCUACGGCAAGAGCAAGGGCAACAGCUGGUCCGGCGCCGGCAACUGGGGCUCUUCGGAGCGCCAAGAGCGGCGUGACAGCUGGGAUGGCUACUCGGGUGGGGGCAGCUGGGGCUCAGAGAUGCCUGCGGCAGAGCGGCUAUCGGCGGAGGACAAGCGCAUGAUGAAGAAGAUCACCAUUGUCGCCCAGCUGGACAAGGUGCCGAAGCCGCAUCCGGCGAUGCAGCACCUGCGGGGCCGGCGCUCCUCAGGCGAGACCGGGGCGUUGAGCAGCCGCUUCGCCGCCAACUACCGGCGCUGA